AUGAUUAUCGCUCACGCUCCAAAAACUUAUUUUGGUUCAGAUAUACAAAAAUCAUUGGGUUCUCUUCCUGGAUUUCCAGGAGAAAAAAAUCUUCCCGGUCACAAUUACACUGGUCCAGAUGAUAAGAUUACAAAACAAAAAUUAGACAUUCAACAAUUAAUAGAUAACAUUCCAGGAGAAAAUGAAGAUACGUUUCAACAGGAAUUAAAUGCUCUGGAAACUAAACUUAACUGUGAAUUACAAAAAGAACUAAGAAAUAUUAAACAACAAAUACAAAACAUAGAUGAUAGCGAAAUCCAAACCUUUAUUCAACAACAAAUACAAAAUAUCGAUGAUAGUGAAAUUAAAACCUAUAUUCAACAACAAAUACAAAAUAUUGAUGAUAGUGUUAUUCAACAACAGAUAACCACUAUUAAUAACCUAGUCUUAAAACAGCACAAGAAUAUAGUCGCAUUAGAAAAAUAUCUCAAGAAAGAAAAUAAAUCAAAUUAUUUCAAUCUUCCAUUUGGAAAUUUGGGACGUGAUGAUGGUUCUAUUACUGAUAAUUUUAAUCUAAAAGAGUGUGAAUAUAAAAAAAUAUGGAUUUAA